AUGAAAAUAAAUAGCAUUACAGGUCCUGAUUUUAGUAACAGCAGCAGUGCCCUGCUAAGGACUGCAGCGGGGUGGCUGGUGACGGCAGUUGGUGCCUUCUCGGUGGUGGCGCUCGCCUCGGCGUCGCUGUCGUCUGUCGGAGACGUCGGCGUUACCGGACGAGCAAGUGGUGCCUCACCAUCACAGGCGAAUGCAACGGCAGGAGCUAAACCGAGCACAACAGAAGGUCGCGAGUGCUUGAUGGAUAUAGAAGUGGUGGAGCGCGUGUCGGGCCGGUGCCUGCCCCUGGGCCGCUCCGCCAUGGGCUGCGUGGCCGCCGCCCACGUCCGGCCCUUCCACCCCUCCUGCGUGUAGCCGCGUCCCCGCACUUUGUACCACACCUGCUGCUGCUGGACGCCAAACAUCUGGCUUAAUGUACCCGCAACACAUUCAUCAAUAAACACAAUUUUAUACU